AUGUACCUUCCCCAGGUGGGCCUGCGCACGGACGAGAGGGUGCUGCCGAUCAAUCACGAGCUGACAGCUGUCGGCCACGUCAGGCGCGGAUCGGACGGUCGCCCCGCCAUCUUCGCUUCUCCCAAGUUCCCCUAUUUUCUCUUCCCAGAGACCAAAGCAGGCAUGAUCCAAAAGCUCAACCAGCGGUGGGGGGCGCUGCUGGGGUGGGGAGUGCUGCUGUCUGCUGCUGCUGCAGGCAUUAUUGGGCUCGCCGUGUGGAAGUAA